AUGUGGUUAGACACCUCCAAGGACGCGAUGAAGGAGACGCGAUCUCUCUUAUGCCUCUUCCUCCUCCUCCUCCUCCUCCUCCUCCUCCUCCUCCUCCUCCCCCACCUCUCGGCAACCAAACCACCUUACAUGCGAGUAGAGUAAGUCCACCCAUUAUGGCAGCCUGUAAUUUCCUUUCCCUUUUAGACAGUCCAAGGAGCAACUGACCGGAAAGGAGGGAGACGCUAGUGGAUUGGGAACUGGUGCGCUACAAGGUGGAUAUCGCCGAACUUAA